UUUAUAAGCUGCGGGUCUCCGCUCGAUCUCCCGCUCCAUUCGUCCGGGCAAGAAACACACAAAAGAAAAUCCACCAAUAAUUGCGAGCCUUGCGGCCUUCCGAUCCCAAGCAUGCAACGCCACGGCGCCGCCUGCAGCAUUGCGUGCCACCCCGGCGCCGCCGGCGUGUUCAUGCUGCCGCAGGUCUACGAUCCUCGCGCUACGCAUGGGCAGUACGACUUGGCCUCGCUGUCGGACAUGGUGGCUCCAUACACUGACUACAAUGGCGGCAACCCCGCCGUCGGAUGGGCGCCUCCGGAGGGUGACUCGGUGGACGAUGACGGUCAGGCGGCGCGCCGCGGCAACGGCGACGAGAGGAAGACGAGGCGGCUGGCGUCGAACCGCGAGUCCGCGAGGCGGUCGCGGGUGAGGAAGCAGAGGCGGCUGGACGAGCUGUCGUCGCGGGCGGCGCGGCUCCGGGCGGCCAACCAGCGGCUCCUCGUGGAGCUCAACCGCGUGCUCGCCGAGCACGGCCGCGUGGCCCGCGAGAGCGCCCGGCUCCGGGAGGAGGCCUCCGAGCUGCGGGGGAGGCUCGACGGGAUGGGGGUGGACGAGGCCGAUGAUGGUGCUCCGCAGAGCACAGAGGACACCGGCAAUACGGCUUAGCCGUAUACUAAUAAGAGAAGAAAAAAAUGCGCAUGGGAUCGAUUCAUGGCACGUAGCCAGGUGGACAUAAUACUAGUUCUAAUGUGGCGACCAAUUAUAUUUAUUUUUAUUCCUCGGUGAGGAAAUGGAACUGCCCUUGGCUUCGGCAUCUGUAGACGGCCGGUGUUGGAAGUUGGAACCGGGUGAGAGAGGGGUGUAUAGAGCAGCACGAGCGACUUCAGCCAUUGAGAAUCUGCGCCGAGGCAUAUCGACUAUCAUAAACAAAAUAAGCAAGAGCGGUUGCACAGCCUCCAGAUCGGCCAGAAUUCCGCAAGCAAGCAUGGCGUGAGAAGCUCGCCUCUGUCGCCACCGCCGAGCACUCUUUCUUCACCCAACGCGGCGGCAUCUGGACACGGUCACACACGCUGCCGUUC